UCUGGGCAGUUCUACAGCAUCAGAAGCAACCGAGCCAUCUGUACAAACAAACCAGCUUUACCAUGAAGUUCCUACUCCUGUGCACUCUCUUCCUGGGCCUCGCCUUCUUCAUGGCUUCUGCUCUACCCCACACCAAUGACAACAUGGCUCCAAUGGUUGACCAUGACCAACAUCAUCACCAGGUGGUACGCAGCGUCAACCCAAUCGCCGGUGGCAGUUUGAACCCACCACAGCAGGAGGAUGUCGCCUGCUGCGGCUAGACUCCAUGCUGACAAAGGCGUGACGACAACUUCAUCGAUCUUUAAACGCCUUUGAAAUUUAAUAAAGAGCAAUAUUGAAAAAGUA